CGUGUCUAGCACCGAUCUGGGUAUCAUCGGCAGCAAAAAUGAUGCACGGCCAAAUGAAGCCGGUGGAUGGAGGAAAUUGGAGCUAGAAGAGGCAUCGCGACCGACAUUGCCUUUGUGAUCUGUCGACAAGGAUGUCGCCACUUCUCCGGUAGCGCUCAGCCUCGACCUUAUCUUCACCAAUGUUGACGACCCUAACGCCGCCGCCCGAGGUGAAAGUGAGAAGGACGAAUUUCCAUUUAUGCCCAUCCUCUACAUCUACACAAACGAUGUGGUCUCGCUCGCGUAUCACGUCAUCCAUGGAAUUGGAGCAGCGUAUGCCUCUAUGCAGCAGAACCUCGGUGUCUCGAACGGGGCCGAAGUGGAGAUGUCCACAUAUUCAACAGAAACACAGCAAUGCUUUAAGCACAAUGUCUGGAGCGAUGCCGAGUCCCAAACCACAGGCCACUGCACUACCCUUCUCCGUUGGCAAUGCCACAAGGACGACUCCCUCUACCACACUUGCAUUCGGUACCCCUUCUGCCUUCGGCUCAACACCUGCUUUUGGUUCAACCUUCGGAUUUGGUUCAUGAGCACCCGCUUUUGGCCAGGCAACCGCAUUCGGUCGAGCAAGUGCAUUUGUGCAGACAGGCGCCUUCGGACAACCCAAUGUAUUUGGCCAAGCAUCCCCAGGUGCAUCUACCAAUGAAGCAGUUGAGCCCAGCAUGGGGUCCAGCUUUGGAAACACAUCUUCCGGGGGUUUUGGAUC